CGCCCGCCGUGCGGGCAGCGGCUCCGCCCCGGGGCCGCCCCGGUGCCGCCUCCCUUCCGGCGGCCGCAGCAGCGCUCCCGCCUCUUCCCUCACAGCGCGCUCGGGCCCACAGCAGCCACCGCGCCGCGGCCAUGAGUGAGGCAGAAGUGAAUCCCAAAGCUUACCCGCUGGCUGAUGCACAGCUCACCAAAACGCUGCUGGAUCUCGUGCAGCAGUCCUGCAACUAUAAGCAGCUACGCAAGGGAGCCAAUGAAGCCACCAAAACACUGAACAGAGGCAUAGCAGAGUUCAUUGUGAUGGCAGCAGAUGCAGAGCCCUUGGAGAUCAUCCUGCACCUCCCCCUUCUCUGCGAGGACAAGAACGUGCCCUACGUGUUUGUGCGCUCCAAGCAGGCCCUGGGCCGGGCGUGCGGCGUUUCCCGGCCCGUCAUCGCCUGCUCCAUCACCAUCAAGGAGGGAUCACAGCUAAAGCCUCAGAUCCAGUCUGUACAGCAAGCCAUAGAGAGACUGUUGGUCUAAGUGCCCAUGAGCGUGUGUGUGUGAAAUAGAAAAGUGCAAAUUAGGGGAAGUUAAUGUUUCGCUUCAGUUGAGAUUAUAGUUUUGAUGUCAAUGUUUCAUUUCAAAAUGCCAUAUUUUUGUUUAAUAAUGGCUUAAUUCUUAGUGUUUCCACCUUCUAUUCCCCCACUUUUCUAUUAUUCCACUUCAACAUUUUCAUUCUCAUUGUAUUACUUCUUGAAAAGUGACUGUACAACUGUGUUUCCUGUUUUAUGUUUAAAAGAAGGACAGACAAAAAAAGUCCCCCCCUUGUCUUCCUGUCUGCCUGCUCAGGGCUUUUUUAACCCACCCAUCAGCUUUCUCUGUGGUGCAGUAUUUCUGCUAAGCUUGAGCCUCCAGCAGGUGUGAGUUACUCUGUGCUUCUGAACGGUUUAGGCUGAGGAAAAGGUUCCCUAUGUUCAGGCUGCUGGAGUCUGUAAGUGAUGGAGCAGCACAGGCAGGUAUAAGGCAGGCAGCAGCUACUGUGUAGCAGCAGAUGGAGCCAAGAUCAGCACGGCCCUUACUCUUGAAACCAGACAGACUUCUGUAAGAGAUGCACAGCAAGCAGAAAUCUUAUGGCAGUACACAAGGGGACUUCUCUUAACUUGAUUAUUUUUAAAUACUGACUUUUUAAGUAAAAAUAAAAAUGCUGUAAGGCUGAAUAGAA